UUUAGGAUCACAAAGAUUGAGUUAGGCGGAAAAAAUCGGAAAAAAACGCAUUUCGCAAACCAAAGAAAAAAAUGACAUAAUUGACCUCCAACCCAAUAUCUUGUAGCGAUCGUCCCGGCGGGUGCGUGCGGCCCGUUUUUCUCAUCGGUUAGGGUCAAAACGGGUUGACAACCUUGGAAGUGAUCGAAUGUUAUAUUAAUAAAAAAAAAAACCCACCCAGUAUCAAAUUAAUUGAUUCACUCAUGAAAGAGAUUUGAAAAUUAAUAAUAAUGAGGGGGUUGAAUUGAAUUGAACUGUAAAGCACUUUUCGGUGAGCUGUUAUGUAAAAUGAAAAUGUUUUAUUCAUUUGGUCUUUUUUUGUUUCCAAAAUUUGGCGCUGUACUGCUCCGCUUCGUACGUCGUUAUCCCAUCUGAACAAAAUUGAAAAUUCCCAACCUCACUCUCUCACUCAACAACUCCCAAGUGCCGAACCUCACUACCCCCCUCUCUUCUUUCUUCUUGUAGCUGCUUUCUUCCUUCUGCCUCAAGAAGGUCUCGAUCUCGCCUCGGAUUCCGCUUUCCACACGCCUCCGAGCUCAACCCAGCUAUGCUAAUGGCUAAAUGCUAGUGCCGCGCCCAUCUGCUUCCGCUAAUUGCGUCUUACUUUCCUCCGAGGUUCAACCCUCGCCCCUCCUGAACCACAUUUACUUCCUUAAUAUGCAUUCUCUUCUGCUUCAUUUACUCUGUGUAGUUAAUUGCGCUUUCGUUUCUUCGUCGCUUUCUUAAUUUCUUGCUUGCUAAUUGCUAUCACUUCGUUCAUUCUUUGCCAACUGACUCCUACCUCCACCAAAUUUCAAGAUCUGUCUCAUUUUCCAGUAUAAUGAACUUGCAUGUUCUCUGCAAUUUGCUCCUUUCAAGCCGUAGGCUGUUGGUCUUCUUUAGUCUUGCGAUUCUUGACGGAUGUCAACUGGGUUUCUAUUUUUUUACUUCAGUACUAGAGCUUCUUUACCGCUUCCCAUGACCACCAUGUUGCCUUUCCACAAAACGGAGAUGGGUUCUUAAGUGAACUAGCUCUUCUUCUUCUUCUUCUUCUUCUUCUUCUUCUUCUUCUUCUUCUUCUUCUUAUUUCCUUCUCGAUCGAUUUUUGGUUGGAAUUUGCCAGCAUAGACCCAAGUAUCUACUUGAUUACUUCCCUUUUGCUUAGGAUUCUUCACCCCCUUAUGAAGUCAUUGGUUGUUGGUCUUGGAUGAGUAAAGGCAAUUUCUUUUAGAUACUUAUUGUCCACCGUUUUUGUGUUGUUUAUUAAUUGACUAAAGUCAAUCCAUACUUGAACAAUUCAAAUGAGCAGUCCACAAUUAAGAUAUAUGAUUAGAGUAGAUAAACAUGAAAGCAACGCUCUUUUGCUCGCUUUAUAUAUUCCUUAUCAUGAAACUUUCCCUUUUUCCCCACAUCUUGGUUUCCUGCUGAUGAUUACCUUCACUAGUCGUGCUUUUGUUUGAUGUUGGAUAUUAGAAUGCUCUUGAAAAAUGAGUGAGCUUGACUUUUUCUAGUCAAUUAAGCUGGAGUGAGUGGUGAGUAAAGCAAUGGAGAAGAUUCUGAAUUGAUUUUGGUAAUGUUAAUAGUUGAACCCACUGUUGGAGAAAGAGGAAGACGGGGGUACUCAUCUCAACAUGUCCUUGUCUUUUUGUUUACUCUUUUAUUACGAAAAGAACAAAGGUGAAAAUAAGACAACCACAGUUAACGUUGGAGAAUAUAGCCAGUAAGGGCUGGAUGUGGGCAGCUUGCUGAGAAUGAACGACCUAGUCAGUUGCCCACUAGAUCUAGAAUUCCACCUCGUUGAACCAUACUUGCCCUCUGCAACUUCUGCUCUUCAACCAUAAGCAUCACUGUCUUUUAACGUGUUUUUGGUCAAGAACCUCUUUCAGAUUCAAAGUUUAGAACAGCAGCCUGCUAAAGAUCCAAAUUCUGGUUACUUGAGAGUUUUCUAGAGUUUGGUAUUGAUGAAAUUUCUUGCUCUUUACUAUCUGCAAGUGGCAACUCUUGGUUGGUUUUGUUACAAUGUAGGCGUUUAGGACAAUAGACAUCCACAUUACUUGUUGCUAACGUUGUUGUGGUUUGCAGGGCAUUACAUUUGACCAACACACAGCCAGUUGAUUCCUCCAUGAAGCUCAGCAGGGUUUUGCCCCUGGGCUUCUUCCUUGUCGUCACCUUGCAUUCCCUAGCGGUUGCAGACCUCAAUUCAGACAGGCAAGCUCUUCUUAGCUUUGCUGCUACUGUGCCACAUUAUCGUUUCCUCAACUGGAAUCCUGCUUCUUCAAUAUGCGACUCUUGGGUGGGUGUCACAUGCAACUUGGAUGGCUCUCGUGUGGUUGCUCUCCGACUCCCUGGAGUUGGACUUAUGGGCCCUAUACCUCCCAAUUCUCUUGGUAAACUUGAUGCCCUGAGAGUCCUCAGCCUUCGCUCCAAUGUCCUUAUUGGGAAUCUUCCUACAGAUGUUACCUCUCUUCCCUCACUUCACUCCCUAUACCUGCAACACAAUAACUUAACUGGAAAUAUCCCUACCUCUUUUUCCGCACAGCUCAAUGUAUUAGAUCUCUCUUUUAACAAUUUCACAGGCAACAUUCCUCAAACGUUGUCAAAUUUGUCACAACUCACUAGCUUAAACCUUCAAAACAACACGCUCAAUGGACCCAUACCAGAUCUUAAUCGCCUCACACAUUUGAAUUUGAGUUACAACCAUUUGAAUGGUUCAAUUCCUUCAUAUCUUCGAAGUUUCCCCGAUUCAUCCUUUGCCGGAAACCCUCUGUUGUGUGGGUUACCUCUCAAUCCCUGUGCUAACCCUCAGCCAUCCCCAGCUCCUGCAUCCUCCUUUCCUCCACCAGCAGCAGGCCCACACAAGAAACGUUCAAAACUGAAACUGUCUAAAGGGAUUAUCAUUGCCAUUGCUGUAGGAGGAUUUGCUUUGUUAUUCAUUUUUGCUUUGAUUGUUAUAUGCUGUUGUUUGAAGAAAAAAGACAAUGGUGGAGGCAGUAGUGUGUUGAAGGGGAAGGCAGUCAGUGGUGGCAGGGGCGAGAAGCCGAAAGAGGAAUUCGGGAGUGGGGUGCAAGAACCUGAAAAAAAUAAGUUGGUGUUCUUCGAAGGUUGCUCCUACAAUUUUGAUCUUGAGGACUUGCUGAGGGCUUCAGCUGAAGUGCUGGGAAAGGGUAGUUAUGGCACUGCAUAUAAGGCCGUAUUGGAAGAAUCAACAACAGUGGUAGUGAAGAGAUUGAAAGAAGUGGUGGUGGGCAAGAGAGAGUUCGAGCAGCAGAUGGAGAUUGUAGGGAGAGUUGGUCAGCACCCUAACGUUGUUCCACUACGCGCUUAUUACUACUCAAAGGAUGAGAAGCUUCUUGUUUAUGACUAUAUCUCGGCUGGCAGCUUGAAUGUGCUGUUGCACGGUAGUAGGGGAGUGGGGAGAUCGCCAUUAGAUUGGGAGAGCAGAAUAAAGAUAGCACUUGGAAUUGCGAAGGGAGUUGCUCACCUGCACUCUGUGGGGGGUACAAAGUUCAGUCAUGGGAAUAUAAAGUCUUCGAACGUGCUGAUGAUUGCAGAGAACGAAGGCAGCAUUUGUGAUUUCGGGCUGGCACCAUUGAUGAAUGUGCCCAUGACUCCAUCAAGAAGUGUGGGGUACCGUGCUCCAGAGGCGAUUGAGACACGUAAGCACAGCCACAAAUCCGACGUGUACAGCUUUGGGGUACUGAUAUUAGAGAUGCUGACGGGGAAAGCUCCCAUGCAGUCCCCUGGACGGGAUGACAUGGUGGAUCUACCAAGGUGGGUGCAAUCGGUGGUGAGGGAGGAAUGGACAGCAGAGGUAUUCGACGUGGAGCUGAUGAGGUACCAAAACAUCGAAGAGGAAAUGGUGCAGAUGCUACAGAUUGGGAUGGCCUGUGUCGCUAAAGUGGCAGACAUGAGACCGAGCAUGGAGGAAGUGGUGAGGAUGAUCGAGGAAAUCCGGCAAUCCGACUCAGAGAACCGACCUUCGUCUGAAGAGAACAAAUCCAAUGUCCAGACUCCUUGAUCGCUGAUUCUUUUAAACAGUUAACGUACAUUGAUUUUUCUUCGCCCUGCUAUCAGGCUGCCGAGUGCCGUUUGUGUGUAGGUGUUGGUGAAGUGUAGAUUUAGGAAAGUCGACGCUUCAUUGUGAUUGUUAUGUGUCGAGAGAAAUUGUUUAUCUUCUUUGGUUUGUGAUUUCUUCCCUCUUCUUUCUUUACAAUUUCUAGUCACUCAUGAUCAACCGUCUUCUUAUAUUAAAAAAGCAUUCUGUUGCCAGAAGAUUGUAACCUAUUCCUGGUAGUGUUUGUUGUUUCAUUUAAGUUUUCCGUAAUACUAACAUGGCAUUGGCUGAUUAACCCAAAUAGAAUCAAAGGAAAUUUGUGGCUAGCGAUGAAGUAAAGUAGUAAACGACUAGUUAACUUUAUCCCCAGUUAAUAGGUUAAUGUUAUGAAAAUAUUGAUUAUGUGAAUGAUGACAUUAGAUGUACGCAUUAUUGUACAAUCUUUUGAACAACUUUCCACCGUGGUAAGAAAUUAAUGAUUUAUUUAAUAAAUUAUUUAGAUAAGA